AUAGGGUAUGAAAAAAUUAUAAGCUGGCAACAUCGACUCUUCCUUUUUCUCCGAGUAUUGUUGGAGACACGUGCGUCAUUUACGCCGAAAUUUAUAAAAUAAGUAAAAAUGAGUGAAGGCACCGCGACAAUUCGCACGCGCAAAUUUAUGACCAACAGAUUGUUGGCGCGCAAGCAGAUGGUUUGCGAUGUUCUCCAUCCAGGAAAACCUACCGUCAGCAAGACUGAGAUCAGAGAGAAGCUGGCCAAAAUGUACAAGGUGACACCUGAUGUAGUUUUUGUAUUCGGUUUCAAGACCAACUUCGGUGGUGGCAAGUCUACAGGAUUCGCGCUUAUCUAUGAUACCUUGGACUUGGCCAAGAAGUUCGAGCCCAAACACAGACUAGCACGCCACGGUUUAUACGAAAAGAAGCGGCCUACACGCAAACAGCGCAAAGAACGUAAGAACAGGAUGAAGAAGGUACGUGGUACCAAGAAAUCGAAAGUGGGCGCGGCCGCCAAAAAGUAAUGUGACAGUUUAGGGCUGUAAGUAAAUAAAAACCCAAAAAAACUAA